AUGGUUUCUUACGUCUCUAGAUUAGCAGGUAAGACUGCUCCACAUUUCGGUAGAAUCACCCCAUACAACUUGUUGACUUAUGCUCCAAAUCUAAUGCUUUGGGGUGGUGCCUGGUGGGCAGGUGUGUUUGUCUUCACUGAAGCUUGGCCCAAAUUCCAAGAAACUUUCUACCAAAAGAUUCCAUUGUUUGGUGGUCACUGGAUUAACGAAAUCCCACCUGAAGACAAAAUAAACUAA